AUGAAGGCCACCGUUCUCAACCUUGCCGUUGCGGCAUCCCUUGCCGCUGGCGCAGCUGCCCAGCCUCACCACCACGGUCACCAUCACCACAAGAAGAACUCUCCCGCCCAGAAGCGCGAUGUCCAGACCACCUAUGUCCCCGCUACCGUCACCAAGUACGUCUUGGGCAACGAGGAAGUAAGCAACGACGAGGCUAAGGCUGGUUUGGACAAGGGUCUCUACGUUGUCGUUGGAGAGACUACCCCUACUUUCACCCCGCCUCCCGCGCCUGCUGUUACCAGCUCGUCCUCCAAGGAAGAUGCCGUCUUCAUCCAGAAGCUCACUUCAUCUUCCUCUACUCCCACUCCCACCCCUUCAUCGUCAUCUGCGCCCGCCAGCUCUUCCAGCGCUUCCUCCGGCGCUACGGGUGUAAACGCCGAAUUCCCCAGCGGUGUACACAAGUGCACUGAGUUCCCUGAGCAGUACGGUGCUGUUCCUAUGCCCAACUUGGGUCUCGGUGGAUGGACUGGUCGCCAGUACACCCCUGACUGGACCCCUGGUAAUGCGAUCAGCUUCAUUGAGACUGCUGUCAAGGGAAUGGCCCUAGAGAUGGGUUUCUACUCCUACGCCUGCCCUGACGGAUAUGUCAAGUCGCAGUGGCCGUCAGACCAGGGUGCUACCGGUCAGUCCGUUGGUGGUGUUCUCUGCAACAGCGAUGGAUACCUUGAGCUGACCCGCCCGUCGGUUAAGACUCUGUGUGAGCCGGGUGUUGGAGGUGUCACUGUUAAGAACGAUAUGUCUAAGAAUGUCGCUAUUUGCCGUACCGAUUACCCUGGUAUCGAGGCCAUGGUUAUCCCCGUCGACUCGCAGCCUGGCACUACCCGUACCUUAGCUAACAUCAACUCCGACGACUACUACCACUGGGGAUCAAAGAGCACCACCCUCCAGUACUACAUUAACCAGCCUGGUGUUUCGGUCGAUGACGGAUGUGUCUGGGACUGCGUCACUGACCACGAUGAGUGCGGUAACUGGGCUCCUACCAUCUUGGGUGUCGGACAGGCCGCAGAUGGAAACACCUACAUCUCUCUAUUCCCCAACCUGCCCACAAGCAACGCUAAGCCUAAGAUGAACAUCAACAUUACUGGUGACGUUAGCAUACCCUGCUACGUUAAGGACGGCGAGUAUGCAGUUGGAAACUCUGGAUGUACCACCACCAUCCCUAAGGGUGGAAAGGCCGUCAUUGAGUUCUCCUAA